UCUUAAUUAAGCUCGACAAGCCAUUGAGCCAUUCUCAAAGAGGAGAUAAAAUCUCUCAACCUUCUCCUGGCUGGAGAAAACCUUAUAUGGACUUGUCCUGUGCCCCUGCCGUCGUCCAUCAUCUGGAAGGGCUGACUCGUACAGUGGGCAAUGCAGAAUGACUUCCGCCGACAAAUGGGAAGAGAAUAGAUACUGGAAAAAUACCCUGACCAUCGUCCCCAUCGUGGGGGCGGCCUUUGCAACGGUGACCUAUAUCUUGCGCCUAUACUCGCGUCGCUACACGACCGCCGGCUUGAAGUUGGAGGACUGUUUGAUGGGAGUGGGCUUGAUUCUGUCUUUUGGCGCAACUGCGUUUGUCGUGGAUACUGCCUUUAAUGGGGUGGGCAUCUCAGUCAGCGAACUGCCUCCCAAAGAACGCCAUCGGAUUCAAUUUGGAUCCUGGAUGAUCCAGAAAUUCUGGGCCCCCUCCGCCGCCUUCACCAAGAUCAGCAUUAUCGUCUUCCUGCGACGUUUACUCGGCACUCUGCGCACCUAUGCCAUCGUCUCCAAUGUCCUGAUCGCCUUCAUCUCCUGCUGGGCCAUCACCGCCCUGCUGGUCAACAUCUUCCAGUGCAUUCCGGUGCAGUACUACUACGACAAGACGCUCAACGGCCAUUGCAUGCAGGGCCAGGUAGCAUUCUUUCAGGCGAUGGGGUCCAUCGCCCUCGUCGAGGAUGUGUUUAUCUUGCUGCUGCCCGCCCCGGUGGUCUGGGGUCUUCAGAUUACCAUGCGACAGAAGAUUGCCUUGACCUUGGUCUUCUCGCUGGGUGGCUUAGUCUGCAUCUUCAGUUUGAUGCGAUUGAUUGAAUUUCGGAACUUUAUCACCACCGAUUUGGCCUCAUCGAGUGCCAAAGAAUCGAUCUGGACGUGUCUGGAAUUGGACGUGGCGAUCAUCUGCGGCUGCCUCCCGCUCCUCAAACCGUUGUUGCAAGGAUUCCUGGGCAAAGUGAAGAGCGGCGUCUCCAAAGGUCGCUCGCACCCCUCGUCCGGCACGAAGCUCUACGGCUUCCAGUCGAGCACCACCCACCACGACGGCUUCCUCCAGAUUAAUGACAUCCACGGCUCGCAGCUGUCCAAGGGGGCGAACGUCGCCACCAAUGCUAGUGGGCACAGCUCAGACGUGGAAUUGCAGGGGAUUGCGGUGCACACGGUGAUUGAGCAGGAUGUGGACGAACAGCCGCAUCUGUCCUCGUCCGAGACGGUGUCCAACCACGGCUGGCCACGAUGAAGCAAGGCAGUGCUGCAUGAAACGCCAGCAAUUUCCCUCGUUCAAACGAACCGUCUCAGCGUGAUGUCCGGGCGGGAUGAAUUUCUCAGUGGACAGACACCCUGAGUCCACAGCCAUUCCCUUGCCUUAUGAACCACUUAUUAUUUUUCCUUAGAAACCAAUUUAAUGUCGAUGAUACCCUUACAGAAUCUGUUAU